UGCAUAGAGAGGGAGAGGCAAGCCCUCUUGAAGUUGAAGCAGGAUAUGGUUGAUCCUGCAGGCCGACUUGCCUCUUGGGUUGCUGAUGAUGAAGAUUGUUGCAGAUGGAAGGGAGUUGUCUGCAAUAACGUGACCGGCCAUGUCCUGAAACUCAAUCUCCAAAAUCCGACUGUGGAUUAUGAUCUUGCUCAAACUGAUCAAUAUGAUGAAGCUAAUGAGAGAUCGGAACUGGGAGGUAAGAUAAGUCCUUCCUUGCUCGAUUUGAAGCAUUUGCAUUAUUUGGACCUUAGCAACAAUGACUUUGGAGGAAUUCAUAUUCCCAAAUUUGUUGGUUCUUUGAGGAGUCUAAAACUCCUUAACCUCUCCCAUUCAAGAUUUGCAGGGGAGGUACCCCAUCAUCUUGGGAAUCUCUCCAAUCUAAAAUAUCUCAACCUUGCUGAAAAUAUUUACCUACACGUUGAGAAUUUUCAUUGGUUCUCUGGCCUUUCCUCCUUGCACUACCUUAACAUGAAUUUUGUGAACCUUAGCAAGGCAUCCAAUUGGUUCCAUGUUGUAAAUACACUUCCUACCUUGCUAGAAUUACACUUGGCAUAUUGUCAACUAGGGCCCCAUAAUCAAGUCCAUCCCAUUACCAAUGUAAAUUUAUCAUCUCUUGAUAUCCUUGACCUUUCUAAAAAUCCUAAUCUUGUUAACUUUUCAAAUAUAAAUUGGGUCUUUGGUCUAAAGAAACUAAUUUUUCUUGAUUUAUCAGCAAACAAUUUUGAAGGUUCGAUCCCUUUUGAUCUUCAAAAUUUGACUUUUUUAAGGCAUUUGGAUUUGUCGUCCAACUAUGUCAAUUCUUUUGUACCUAAUUUGUUGGACAACUUAAGCCAUCUUGAGUUUCUUGACCUCUCUAAUAAUGAAUUUGAAGGUGAAAUCCCAAUUAGGUCAAUAGAAAAACUCUGCAACCUGAGUUUCUUGAGUUUCUCUUCUGUCAAUUUGACUCUAAACAUAUCUCAUAUUUUAGAAAUCUUUUCCAAAUGCAUUUCUAAUUCACUAGAAUCGUUGCAUUUAGACAAUUGUCAACUUUUUGGGCAACUAACCAAUCAACUUGGGAAUUUUAAAAAUUUGAGAGAAUUGUCUAUGUCAGAAAACUCAAUCUCUGGUCCUAUUCCAACAUCCAUAGCUGAGCUUCAAUCCUUAAAAGUUUUAAAUCUUUCUGCAAACAAAUUAAAUGGAAGUCUUCCUGAGUCAUUUGGUCAACUUACUGAUUUGAAACAUGUUGAUAUUUCACAUAAUUCUUUUGAUGGAAGUCUUCCCAAGUCAUUUGGUCAGCUUACCAAGUUGAAAGAUGUUGAUAUUUCACAUAAUUGUUUUGAGGGUACUAUUUCAGAAAUUCACUUUCUUAACCUCACAAAAUUAAAAACCUUCAAAGCUCAUGACAACCCAUUGAUGAUUUUGAAAGUCAAACCUAAUUGGCUUCCUCAAUUUCAAAUUCUGGAUUUGAGGUUAGGAUCUUGGCAUUUAGGUCCACAGUUUCCACAAUGGCUUCAUUCUCAAAAAUAUCUAGAAUAUCUAGAUAUUUCAAACUCAAGAAUUUCAGAUACAAUUCCCAGUUGGUUUUGGGAGGUUUCAGCUCAAUGUAUAUAUCUAAAUAUCUCUCACAACCAAAUCCAAGGGCAACUUCCAACCAUGUUAAAUAAUGCUUCCUUCCACUCUGUUAUUGAUUUGAGCUCAAAUAACUUCACUGGUCCGUUAGGUCGCAUCUCCUCCAAUGUGUUCUCCUUAGACCUUGCCAAAAAUAGUCUCUCAGGUUCCCUUUUUCACUUUUUGUGUUACAAAACAAAUGAAUCCAUGGCCAUUAGCUUUCUCAACCUAAGAAAAAACUUUUUAGUUGGAGAGAUACCAGAUUGUUGGACUAAGUGGUCAGAAUUAGAGGCAAUUGUACUGGCAGACAACAGAUUAACAGGUGGAAUUCCAAGGUCUAUUGGGACGUCACCUAAAUUGGGAUCGUUGCAUCUUGAGAAAAAUUACCUUUCAGGAAAAAUACCAUUGUCUUUAAGUAAUUGCACGAAGUUGGAGAUACUUCAGCUUAGUGAAAAUGAAUUUGAUGGGAGCAUCCCAGCAUGGAUAGGUCGUAGCCUAUGGAGCCUGAAAAUCUUGAAGCUUGGUGCAAACAAAUAUUCAGGACAUAUCCCAAAUGAGUUGUGUUCGCUCAAUUCUCUCCAAAUUCUAGACCUUGCUCAUAACAACCUCUUUGGAAGCUUGCCAAGGUGUAUUGGUAACAUAAGUAUGUUACUCUCAAUAAGAAACAACUCUGAACAGUUCUGCCCUUACAGCUAUGUUAUUCAAGACAUCACUUUUAGCCCACAAGAACUUUAUCGUGAGACAGCAGUUGUUUGGAAAAAAGGCCAGUUGCUUGAAUAUAGCAAGAUACUUCACUUGGUGAAAAUCAUGGAUUUUUCUGGCAACCGCUUAUCAGGGGAGAUUCCUUCAGAAAUAACUCAUCUCCAGGGGUUACAAUCAUUGAAUUUAUCACACAAUCUUUUCACUGGAAGGAUCCCAGAAAACAUCGGCAACAUGAGAAUGUGUGCAAAGUCCUGAAGUAUCAUAAUUUUUCUUGCGGGCUCAAAUUCCAUACUUUUAAUUGACAUGUAAUUUCAGAAAAAUAAAAAAUAAAGGAACAAGGAUGAAUAGCAAGUCCCACCUUACUCCUUUAUCAUGGAUCUAUUAUCUAUUGCUUGGUAGCUUACUCUUUACCCUAAUUAUUACACAUAUAAUAUAUCUUUUUUUUUGGGACAGAUCCCAGAUGAGUUGUGUUCACACAAUUCUCUCCAAUUUCUAGACCUUUCUCACAACAAUCUCUUUGUAAGCUUGCCAAUAUGUACUGGUAACGUAAGUGUCUUGCUUAAUGAGCAACCAUUCUCAAGAGUUCAAAUUUGGCUUCGUCUUUUCUAUUGACGGUAUUUUUCAUGUAGCUUAUCUUGAGAAUGCAUUUGUUUUGAUAAAAAAAAUCAGUUGCUUGAAUAUGACAAGAUACUUCACUUGCUGAAAAUCAUGGAUUUUUUCAGUAACCAUUUAUCAGGGAGAUUCCCUUAGGAAUAACUAAUCUCCAAGGGUUGCAAUCAAUGAAUUUAUCACACAAUCUUUGCACUAGAAGGAUCCUAGAAAACAUCAACAUGAGAAUGCUAGAAUCAACUAAUUUCUCAAGGAACAAAUUGUUUGGUUCAAUUCUAGAAAGCAUGUCGAGUUUGCUGUUUUUGAGUUACUUGAACUUGUCCAAUAACCAAUUCAGUGGGUGAAUUCUUCAAGUACUCAGUUGUAAAGUUUUCGAUGCAUCUAGCUAUGUUGGAAACGAACUUUGCAGCCUUCCACUAGCAGAUAACUGCAGUCUCAACGGAAAUUCUAUACCUAGCAUCCAAAACAGAGGUGAAAAAGAUGGAAUGGAAUUGAAAUAAAUUGAUUGUUUGUGA